AUGGCAAAUACUAAGCCAAAUAUGAGACCUUUAAGGCCUAACUUUAAUAUAAAAAAUACUUCUUAAGUUUCAGAAUAAGAGCCUCCUUAACCAACACUUGAACUUAGAGAAUAGAGAGCUCCAGAACCAAAAAUGAAUUUAAGGCCUUUUGUACGUCCGCCUAGUUCAAAAAAAGAUGAUGUUCAACAAUCAUAAUAGUUUUAAGAAUCAAUUAUGGAAUCGAAAGUGGAUGAGUAAAAAAGUACAUAAUAAAGUAACAGUUUCGACUUAAAUUAAAAGGAAGAACACCAGUAAAUGGAUUUAGAAAAUUCAAUUUACAAUCUAAUGCACCUGUUUAAUAAAAUGAAGACAUCCCAAAUGUAGCAUAAUAAUAUUAAGGUCCAGCAAUAAAUCUAUUUGCAAAUAAAGAAAAAAUUCAAUAAGAAGUCAGUCAAAUAAAAUAAAAAGAAUUAAGAUAAAUGGUGCAAGUAUAAAUGAAGUAAAGACCUUUAAAUGCACCAGAAAUGAACUUAUUUUCAGGGAAAGAAUCUGUAGAUGGUUCAGAUGCAUUUAAAAAGAUGAAACCUAUAAAACCAACAAAUAAAUAAGAGCCAAUAACUAAAGAUACUAUAAAAGUAGCAGAACUAUUGGAAAAUAAGAUUCAGUUUUAAGCUCCUUUAGAAGAAUAAUAGAUUGAACCUAAAAAGAUUCCUAGAACAAGAGUUAAACAAGCUGUUUAGGAAUAAAUUGAUAUAGAAUAGUUAAAUAAUUAGUAAUAAAAUGUAAUCCAAUAAACAUAAGAAGUUAAGUUGGAUAAAACUUAAAAAGAUAUGAAUAAAAAUAUAGGUAAGAAAGGUGGAAAGNUAAUAAUAUUCAUAUAUAAAUAAUAUAUAUGA